GUCCUUUUUGCAUGCGCGGCAGCGCCCAACUGCAGCGUAGACCAUAAGCUAUACGGGCCGGUGAUAUGGCGGAAUUAUGAAUAAAAGGAGAAAAGUUGGGAGUGUGACAUGUAACUAGCGCGAGCCGCACCGCUCCUCAAAAUGAACGAGGGGGAUGCAAAUCUCUAAAAUCAGUCAGGACAAUCCUUACUGCUGUUGCAGCCAACGUCAUAUCGUCUAAGGACACUGGGGCAUCACAUUUUGCUGAUCUUAGCAUCUUUGGGACGGUCUGAACGAGGCUCCGUGAAAUUAAACCUUAAGCAACUCAGUCUUGCUUUAUACGUGCGAAUGUCUUCAAGAUAGCCGAUUACGUUUCAAGGGAUGGAGACUUAAACCGAGGAUAGCUGAAAGCUCGCGUAUGUUUCCUAGUGCAUCACCUUUUGCGCGGUGCUUGGGUGGAGAACAGGAUCACUGCAGUACUAAUACAUACCUACUCUUUGAGAUAGCGUAUGGUCGUAAAAAACAAGGGAUCUUACCUCUUGCGUACCUGUGAGAAGAAACUGCCACCAGUGUUUGCAAAUGAUUACCCUGCCUCUCUGGAAACGACUGGAGCUUACAGAGGUGAGCCUGGAUGCCUACCUGAAGUGUGAGACACUGUGAGACAGAGUCUGAUCUCUUGCCUUCCCAUUGCACACUCAUCUCAAUCACCACACCAGUGGACCAAGCUCCACCCAGCAUGACCGUCGCCACGGGCGAUCCAGUCGACGAAGCAGCAGCUCAACCGGGUCAACCGCAGGACACAUACGACCCGGAAGCAGACCAUGAGUGCUGCGAGAGAGUGGUCAUCAACAUCUCUGGCCUGCGCUUUGAGACACAGCUCAAAACACUGUCUCAGUUCCCCGACACCUUGCUGGGGGAUCCCAAGAAGAGAAUGCGCUACUUUGACCCACUGAGGAACGAGUAUUUCUUUGACAGGAACCGGCCUAGCUUUGACGCCAUCCUCUACUACUACCAGUCUGGAGGGAGAUUACGCCGGCCGGUUAAUGUUACUCUGGAUAUUUUCUCUGAGGAGAUCCGCUUCUAUGAGCUUGGCGAGGAAGCCAUUGAGAUAUUCAGGGAGGAUGAAGGCUUCAUUAAGGAGGAAGAGAAGCCUCUGCCAGAGAAUGAAUUUCAGCGGCAGGUAUGGCUGCUGUUUGAGUAUCCGGAGAGCUCUGGUCCUGCCCGGAUAAUCGCAAUCAUCUCUGUUAUGGUCAUUCUCAUAUCCAUUGUCAGUUUCUGUCUAGAGACACUGCCUAUUUUCCGCAAUGAGGAAAUGGAUAUGCGCAAAGCCUACAUGACUAACUCCAACUCCACGACCAGCUAUACAUCCACCUACUUCACAGAUCCCUUUUUCAUCCUGGAGACCCUCUGCAUCAUUUGGUUUUCCUUUGAGUUCCUGGUGCGAUUCUUUGCCUGUCCCAGUAAAGCGGGCUUCUUUGUGAACAUAAUGAACAUCAUUGACAUUGUAGCCAUCAUCCCCUACUUCAUCACCCUGGGCACUGAACUAGCUGAAAGCCCAGAAGAUGGUCAGCAGGGCCAGCAGGCAAUGUCCCUGGCCAUCCUCAGAGUCAUCCGCUUAGUGCGAGUCUUCAGGAUCUUCAAGCUCUCGCGACACUCAAAAGGGCUGCAGAUCCUGGGCCAGACACUCAAGGCCAGCAUGAGGGAGCUGGGCCUGCUCAUCUUCUUCCUCUUUAUUGGAGUCAUCCUCUUCUCCAGCGCCGUGUACUUUGCCGAGGCCGAUGAAGCUGACUCGCAGUUUGUUAGUAUCCCUGACGCCUUCUGGUGGGCUGUAGUCUCCAUGACAACUGUGGGAUAUGGCGACAUGGUUCCUACAACAAUCGGAGGCAAGAUUGUGGGGUCCCUGUGUGCCAUCGCCGGUGUGCUGACCAUCGCACUGCCUGUGCCUGUCAUCGUCUCCAACUUCAACUACUUCUACCACAGAGAGACGGAGGGUGAGGAGCAGGCGCAGUAUCUCAAUGUGACCAGUGUCCCCAAAAUGGACUCGGCAGAGGAUCUGAAAAAGAGCCACAGUGGCUCCACCAUGAGCAAGUCCGACUACAUGGAGAUUCAGGAGGCAGUGAACAACAGUAACGAGGACUUCAGAGAAGAGAACCUCAAAACUGGCAACUGCACCCUUGCCAACACCAACUACGUUAACAUCACCAAGAUGCUCACUGAUGUAUAGCUGCCCGGUUUUGCCCUGGUAAGGGAGGGAAAAUAAAGGACCUAUCUGCCCCCCUUGUUUUAAAGGCAUUAGCCUAAAUGCCAGAAUAUCUGGAGAAGAGGUAAAAGAAAGGUCUGCUGGAGGCAGAGGAUCGAUAGAGGGAACCUCUCCAUUACUCGCCACCCUCACCAAUCCACCAUGACCUUGGGGGAGUGUUCUGCAUCCCUGUUUCUAAGUGUCUGCAUGGAGUUAGUCUUUGCCGUGUGACUGUUCCAAUAGUCUUUCUGCUUGUAACAGUAGCCAAAACGUAGCCAAGCCACUAGAAACAAAGCUUAGAAAAAACAUUCCUAGCCAUCCCCCAACUGUCAACUUAAAGAGGACUUUCCUCUUCGAUGAAAACAAAAGAGUCCACCAAAAUUACAAAUUGUCACUCAUAUUUUGCCUGUGGCAAAAACAGCAUGGAUGGAUACUGUGUGGAAAAAGUGUAGAGGAGUUUCCCGUGAAGGCACAAUAGCUUACUGCCAGUCCCUAUAGCCUUCCACGUGUGACACCUUAAAAAUGGUACAUUCCGUUGUGUGUAUGAUUAUAGUGCAUGGUGAAUGGUACAUUCCACUGUGUGCAUUUGUCUGUAUGGUGGGGUGCGGUGGUGGUGAGGAGACCCAUACCCCACACAUCUUGGACCCAGUGGAACAGAAGGUUCUAGUCCAGCAUACAGUGAUUGUUGGCCCUGUACAAGCCAUCUUUCUCUUUCGUGACCAUGUGUCUUCAAGUGUGAGAAGGGGGUAAAUGUAGCCACUUCACAACUCAGCCAUCACCUGCUUUAAGAUCACAGUAGGCAGAGGGAAGAGAAUUGCAGCAUUUCUUCAUGACUGCUGUUUUAUUCUUUUAUUUUUCGACUGAGACCCCCCAGCAAUGCACUACUGGCUUGCAUGAUGGGACUUGUUUUUCAUCUCUCUCUCACUCUUUUUCUCACAUGCACCCUCUCUCUGCUUAUGCCAAGGUUUUAUCCACAUUACAUAGGACAGACACCUAAGGGCCAAACAGAAUGGAGCUAGAUCAUGGCGCGUGACAGUAGAGAACUGCCACCCUGUACCUCUCCACAUGCUCUUCCCUACACAUGUCGCUGCAUGCAUUGUCUUCCUACCUUCCAUUCAGUCUUAGUGUGCAAUUGUCUUUCUAGCAUCUGUGAACUUCAUAGCAUAGCAGAGCAUUCCAUGUUUAUAUGAUACAUUACCACUGCUGUUUUGUCAAUGUUAAUGCUACAGAGUUGUGAGCGGUAGCAUGACGUGUGUGUGAUAGAAGGUGGGGGCUGUUAAAAAAAUUGACUGUGCAAAAAGAAAGCUCACUGACACAGGUCACCAAAGAGACAACCCACUGCCACUAUACAUUACUUGCAUUUUUAAAAAAUUAUUUAUCAGACUGACUUGUUUUUAGGUGAUUUACAGGGUGCAUUCUGCUCAUAGUCUGAUGCUGGAGAAUUGGUGAGCCCUGUAUGAAAAAAAUGCUUCCUUAGAACAGCUUUUAUAUGAGAUAGGUGAUAUUCUACUGCCAUAUUAGUGCAUGCAUGGUAAACAUUCCUUGUAGCAUGCAUGAGGUAAAAAAGUAAUAAGUAUUCAUAUCUCUCUCUCUCUCUCUCUCUCUCUCU